ACCGUCCAGCUCUGCAGUCCAAGAUGCUCUGCAGUGACCUAUGGUCCAGGGAAGUGGAGACAACUUGGCUGCAGGAACAGACAGCAGGAAGAAUUGCAAAACCGAGCUCCUUCCUCUGCCUCUAAUCUCCUUGCCUGGUCUGUGCUGCAGCUUCUCCUACAAAUGUUAAAGCUGCCUCCCAGGUCUCCAGAAGAGCCAUUCCCAUCUUUACUGGCAAGCCCGAAAGAAAGGAUCCCUCAUCUACACGACAAACAACUGGCUAAGGAGGAGCUGUGGUGCUCAGAGGGCGCCCAGAGGACCUGGCAGGGGGGUGCCAGCUCUGCUGCAAAUGGUGCUUGCAUGUGAAGAAAGGCGGCAGGUAGGGGUGUGCCUGCCGGUGGCCAUACCUCUUGGCUCUCCCCUCCACACCAUGCGGGUCCCUGCCCUGCUCCUGCUCAUCAUCCCGGCCCUGCUGCCCUCAGCCGGCACUACCGACCCAGGCCAGACCUGCCCGUCCGAGAUGAACAAGGUCAAGGACCUUCUGGAGGUGAACUGCACGGGGCAGGCGCUCAGCGCGGUGCCCCCGGGCCUGCCUGUGGGCACGGGCAUCCUGCUGCUCAAUGCCAACCGCCUGGCAUCCCUCUCCACUGCCACCCUCCUGCCCCUCGCCCAGCUGCAGGACCUCGACCUAUCUGACAACGGGCUGGUGGCUCUGCACACCGGGACCCCGCUGCCGUCCUUGAAGGAGCUGAUCCUCUCCCACAACAUGCUGGGGGCCCUGCCUGCCCUGCGGGGCCUGCCCUCGCUCACCCGCCUGGCUGUGGCCAACAACAGCCUGACAACACUGGCCCCGGGGGCUUUCCACGCCGUGCCGCAGCUGCGGGACCUGGACCUGCGUGGGAACCAGCUGCGGACGCUGCCCCAGGAGGCCUUUGCAGGGCUGAGAGCACUCGAGGACUUGGACCUCUCAGACAACUUCUUGGAGGAGCUCCCCAAGGAGCUGCUGCAGGAUCUGCAAAAGCUGGCGACCCUCUGGCUCUCAGGGAACCGCCUGCGGACCCUGCCCACCGAAUUCUUCCCUGAGGGGCACCUCUUCAUGUAUGUCUUCCUCACUGAGAACCCCUGGCACUGUGACUGCAACCUGCUCUACCUGAAGGCCUGGAUCAGGCACAACGACGGCAGUGUCUACCAGCCGGAGAGGGGCCUGGAGAAGACAAAGGUGGAGGUCGCCCCUGAGAAGGUGCUGUGCCACAGCCCUGCCGAGCAUCGGCUGACGCCCAUCAUCUACUUCAAGCCCAACUGCAGCAGUGUGGGGGAUGAAGAGGAAGAGGAUGAAUACUAUGAUGGGGAAGAAACAAUGGAGAAAGCUACCACGAUCACCUUAUUCCCCCCACGUCCAUCUACCCCCACACCCCAUGCUGUUACUUGGCCUCCCCUUGCUACCACAAGACCUCCCCUCACCGCCCCCCGUAGCUCCAUCCUUGCCCCAAACACUUCACUUGCAACGCCUUCAAGCACCAGAGCUCCCAGCACCACCACUCCUGUGCCAGCCAGUCCCACCGUCACACCCACACAGGCCCCUGACACUGCUGCCAUUCCCACUGCCGCUCCCACUAGCAAACCACACGGACCAGCCACCCUCAUCUCUACCACCUCACUGCCAGCCGCUAUGAGCACCAGACCUUCCAGCACCAGCAGCCGUCCCCAGACCACCCUCACUGCCAGCACUACUAACACCGAUGCCGCUCUCACGGUGUCCACUGGCUCAGUUUCCACCACCUCCAUGGCAGUGCCUUCUACUGCCACGCUAGAGGCCUCUUCCGUUGUCAGAUCUUCAUCUCCUGGGACAUCGACCACACCAGUGGUCUCCACCGCCGUGCUUUCCACUCACGCCCCAACACUGCUGGCCCCUCUGGACACCACACGUGUCACCCAGCCUGCGCCUUCUCCUUCACCCGCACCUCUCCCCCUCUGCCCAUGCUCCACCCCAGGACUGGCCAUACCCGUGCUGCACUCGUGGGCAGGUGGGGAGGGUCCGCAGUGGGGGCAGUGGGUGCAGAGGCACUGCUGCCUAUUGCACUGGGUGCUCUAUGUGGCCUCCAUGGUUCUGCUGGUCCUGACCGUGCUGGCUUUAGGGGGCUGGCUGGUGUGGAUGUGUCUGGCGGGACGGCCCUCCUGGCACAAGUCCCUGCAGACCCAGGAGGUGCAGUACCCACUGCUGAGGUGCAGGGAGCCUACAGGAAGCCCUGCAGUGCAUCUCAGCAGCUUCGAAAGCCCUCUCCGGCGCCCCACAUUCUGUACCAUCAAGGAAGUGGAGUUGUGCCCUGAGGUCAUUUACUGCACCGUUAAAGAUGUGGCAAUACAACGCAGUCCUCCUGCAAGUUCCUCCUUCUGCACUACAAAGGAGGUGUGGGUCCACCACAGUCCUCCGAAUGCUUCGUUCAAGUCUUUCUCCGGGAAGCUGACGGCCACAAACCUUGGCUCCCUCAGGACCUCUUCUGCUUACAGCCUGGACAGGGCUGUCAAGGCCAUCGGUGAUGUCAGAGUGAAAUAUGCUGGCAACACCUUGUAAAUGCUUCUGUAUGUUCAGAGAAAGAGAUGGAGGGUCAUGGCUCUGCUUCAUGUACCCUUGUUUUACAAGGGAAACAGCUUCUUGCCCGGAGGGAAGCCACCCAGCUCCUUCCUCUAGUAUUAAUUUCACACCUCCUGAGGUUUCUAGAUCUGAAGUAAUUACUUGGGUACUUGGCAAGGGGGAGAAGAUGGCUUAAACUGGCCAGUGAUAGUUUGGGGCUGCCACUGCCUGGUUUCGGGAUGAGUGUGGGAAAGCAGAGCUUACUCUCUAUUUUGUAUCCCAACCGCUUCUGUUCAAAUGAUGCACAUAAAGAUGCGCUAUGCUUUCAACCCAAUGACAGGUUAAUCACAGAAUAAAUAUUCUCUUUACCUGAA